AUGGCAGAUACGAAACUCCUAGGAAAACAUCAGUUGGAAAAGGCGCUGUACGAGGAGAACAAAGACAUAUCGUCUGGAAGAUUGAAGGAGGAGAACCCAUUGGACACCAGUAUAGAGUUCAGAAAGUUCUGUGAGGCCUGCAGGCGAGGAGAUCUGAAAGUCUGCCAAGAGACAAUAAGCACCGGCAUCAACAUCAAUGCAAGAGACGAGUUCGAUUAUACUCCUUUGAUUCUGGUAAGUGAUGAGCAGGAUGUCCAGCAGAGGGUGUCGCGAGCUGAUGGCUGAUGAGGUUUUCUUGAGGCUUCACUAUGUGGGCAUUACGAAGUCGUGCAGAUGCUUCUCGAGCAAGGCGCGCUCUGCGAACGAGAUACUUUCCAAGGCGAGCGUUGUCUGUACAAUGCCUUGAAUGACCGAAUACGGAAUCUACUGCUCCAAUAUGAUUACAGCAAAUCAACAGAUCCGCUGCAGCCUCUCGCUGCCCAUAUCACAAGCUUGCUCUCUCGAGAGAUACCAAGGACGACAGAUAUCACCGUUCAGACGGGAGAAUCCAAGUUCGAAUUACACAAAUUCGUUCUAAGCGCACGAAGUCCCUACUUUUCCCACAAGCUUUCAGCGGCCCCGGAGACCACUUUCUGGAAGCUGUCGAAUUCAAUACCGGCACAGUCGUUCGAAACUUGCAUCCGGUACUUGUACAUGGGCGAGGUUGGUGCCGAUCUAGGCGAUGGCGAAGAGACGCAAGCAAUCUUGACUGGCAUCGACAAAUUGAGUCGGCAAUUGGAGAUUCAACAGCUCUUCGAAGAUGUUCUCGCGUCUGGAGAUAGGCGACGAGCGCGGCAACGUCGGACGGAGGAGGUAGAAAGAGGUCGAGAUCAGCUGGCGGGCUGGUUUGAGAACAAUGUGCUCAAAAACAAGAUGGAGGUUGAAAGCGAGAAGGCCAAUGGUGUCAAGUGGGACAGAGACAACGGGAUCUUUGCAGAUGUGUUGUUGCGAGCGGAUGAGGAAGAAGGCGAGGAAAAUACCGAAACGCGGCAACACGAAACAGAACCCAAGGUCCGGCAAGCUGAGGGUGCAUUGAAAGGCAUUCCUAUUGGGCAUUUCCAGAACGACGCUCCCCGAUCUCCUUCAAGACAACGGAAACCAAAGCGCGCGGUACUUUACCCAUGCCAUCGAGCUAUGCUUCUCCGAUCGGAAGUCUUCGCGACGAUGUUCGCCUCGCCAUUCCGGGAAGGGCAAGAAAGCAAGCACUUGCAGAUUGUACCUGUCGACUGUUCACCCGAUGUCUUGGAAAUUAUCCUGAAAUUCUUAUAUACAGAAAAGGCCGACUUCCCGCUGCAGAUCGCUCUGGAAGUACUCAGUGCUGCAGAUAUGCUUUUCAUUGAAAGGCUGAAACAGAGGGCUGCACUGCUUAUCAGCACUCUUGGGAAUGGAGAUGCGAGCAUCGUGGAAGCUGAGAACCCGCGGGGAGAGACCAACUUGGAGGAAGUGAUUGACAUUUACGACGUUGUUCGAGCUGGUUGGGAUACCCGGGUACAUCGACUGGAAGAAUUUGGGGCUCGCUACAUUGCAUAUCGCCUGGAGCGCUAUAUUGACGAGCCAGAGUUCAAGGAAUUGGUCAAGGAGUCUGCUGGCCGAAUUCAGGGUCGUCAAGAGACCGAUACCGUCGAAUUGAUCGAUGAUAUACGGUAUUACCUCAGUGACCGAUUCCGCCUACGCUUCGAGGAUGCAGGGCUGGACGAGAUGAUGGACGAGUCUGAAAUACCCCCAGAAAUCGCACCUGGCGACCAGGACCAAAAGCCGCAGGAGGACGAAGGCGUUGACGUCCAUUCUGGUCUCACUCCGCCUUCCGAGCCUGGAUUUGCGCCUGAUUUAGAGCAAGUCGCAGGUGUCGUGCGCACUUUGGACGGUGAGAUAGCUGGCGACGAGUUUGCUCAGGACGCCAUAAAUUAUCAGAUCUUAUUAGGAAAGAUAGAGCGGUUGAUGGAGGACCUAGGUCUGGAUGGAUAA